CAUAAAUGACAACCCCCCAAUAUUCCCAAGAAAUAAACAGAACAUAACACUGGGAGGAUUAUCAACUGGGUUAAUUAUCCACUUCCCGAGAGCAGUGGAUAAAGACUCGGGGGUGAAUGCACAGACAUGGUAUGAAGUGGUGGGGGAUAGUCAGUUCUCCCUCACAAAUAAAAAAUCAUCCCCCACUCUUGUAUGCCACUCCUCCCUCACUCCCCUCUCCCCCAUUAACCUGCGAGUCAUUGCCUUUGACCAACUCGACAUACACUACUGGUCAUUCAUGGACAUUGCCAUCACAUUCAACUCCUCCCACAACACUCCCAUUCAGUUCUACGACGUCAUCCUCAAAAAAGUCCCGGGAAACAGAAAUAAAGUGCUCACAAUCCAACCCACGGACGGGGAGAUCGCAGAAUAUGGAAGACCGACGUACCCAACACGCGUCUAUGGGAAAUUUUCGGUGUCAUAUGACGGAGAGAUUACACCGGUCGGCACAUAUACAGUGUUGAAUGAUGUAUUUGAUGUGGAUGUGAGCUAUACCAACAGCAACAGAGUGGGAGUGUAUACAAUCCAAGUGGAGACGAUUGAAGAGAAGAAGGUCACAUUGAAAUGGGCGAAUGCUGUGAUUUUUCCUGUGUUAGAUGUGAGAAAGGAGACAACUUUAAUAGACCGAUUGAGUGUGAGUGGGGGAGUAGAUGUGGAGUGCAGUACUAAUUCGGAGACUAUUGUGUUGUCGAGGGUUUCAAGUAAUGAGUACAAUCUGAUACUCCUUAAUUAUUCGAGUGUCCUCUCCACAAUUAGUGUCAACGUAAGUUUUGUGGUGGUGGAGGACACUGAUUGUACUCGAAUGUGGCAUCCUCACCAAAAGAUAUAUACAAUUACUGUACAGAUUAUGCCUAAAGAUUACAACUCACCACAAUUAUUGAAAAUAUAUGAGAAUAUGCCCAUUCAAACCGAUGUUUAUAUUGGAAUUAGUGUAGAUUGGAGAUUGACAGACACUUCAAAUUUUGGUUAUCGAUCAUUUAAUACAAGUUUAAUCACUUCAAAGAGGUUAUUUAACCAAGAAAUCGAAAAGUCAAUUGAUGUGAAGUUUUUCCUUUUGAAUAAUACUUAUAUCAAUCAAACGAUAGAGAUUAUGGACGUAAAUGACAAUUCUCCAGUGUUUACAAACAAGACAUGUUCCAUCAUUAUAUUGCGAAAUACUUCUCCCGGACAAUAUUUAACAAAUGUAUUUGCUGAGGAUGCUGACAUUGGAAUGAACGGAAAAAUCAAUUAUAAAGUCAUUUCGGUAACGAAUAUGAAUAAAGACAUUGGAAACUGUGAUUCAAAAACAAACUACGAGAAUAAAUUUAAAAUUGAUCCGAAUUCGGGACAGUUAUACGUAAAUCAGAUCAUUGAAAAUGCGGGAUAUCUUCUUCUUAAUAUACAAGCUACUGACUCGGGGUCACAAAGAUUAUUUGCCAAUAUUCGCUGUCUUGUUCACUCCGUCGAUUUGACGUCUAUUUUUGAUUAUUCAUUCAACGGGGCAGUGCAGUGCAGCAUCAGUGGGUGAUCAGACCCCUGUGGGCAACCUGGCCUUUACGUG